UUAAGUCUUGAUGCGUUCUAAAUAAAAUGCACAAUCAAAUUGUGCUCAUAGUAACAACAUUAUUAUAAUUAUUGAUCAUUAGUGUAAUUCUCUUCCUAAUAAUUCAUUGGGUAUUAUAAAAAUGUGCCAAAAAUAAGAACGACCCAGUCUCAACUGAAAAUUAGACGUUCUUAUAAAAAAAGUGUUUAGUUUCCUUCAGCGUGCCAGUAACUACACGAAUCUGCAAAUUCCGGGAUUCGAGCCAAUUAUUACUUAUAAAAUGAAAUUAAUAGAAUGUAAUCGCUAUGGAAUGAUCCGCCAAUAACAACAAAAUAUUGUUAAGCGCGACCCAUGGUUUUGUCACUUUAGAAACAUGUCGGCAGAUAUAUGUUAAUGAGAAUGAAUGUAUGGGAUAUUGACACAGCUCUGGCCUACGCAAACCGUCAAUCAACACUCGGCACACGGUAAAUGAUCAUAUCAGGAACAUCCUGCGCAAGAAAAACACAAUGAUAAUUAGUUUAUGUGAGACUUUGGGGGUAGACAUUUGGUUAUUAUACACAAAUUCGUCUAUGGUUGUUCAAGCCAAAAAUGUCUCGAAUUUUAUUUUUUCUCAUCAUGACUACAACAACAGAAAAUAUAAAGAGCAGUAGCAUUGAUUUGCACAAUGUUUACUUUGAGAUAAAAGAGAACCAAGCUGUACCCGACCAGAGCUUGACUGAAAUAGAGGUUAGGGAUGAUGUGGAAUGUAUAUCAGCGUGCACGAAACAUGAAGAGUGCUUUGUGGCAAGUCAACAUAAAGACACAGGAAGAAGGUCUACAUGUCGAAUUUACGGUUACAACAUCUUCAGGGCGUACAAAAGUGGAAUGGGUUUGGUUUCGGAUAAGCAUUCUCGAGUUUUUCGAGUAAUUGAUCCGUGUUCCAAGACCCCAUGCCAAAAUGGAGGGAGCUGUACCAGCAAAGGCGACAGCUACACUUGCACAUGUCCGAACACACACGUUGGUAGGACGUGCCAGGCAGCAAUUCUCCAGCAUUGGUUACUGGAUGGUACCGACUCAGGGCUAACAAGUAUUGGGGCUCUACUGAGAAGAGGUCGCAAACCAGGAACCACUGCCAUCUCUUUCUCCCUCAAAGGUCAACACGCCUUAGUUCCCGAAGUCGAACUACGUGGUCGAAGUUUCUCAAUCGCCUGCUGGGUCAAAGUAACCACACAAAGCCUAUUCCAGGUUAUAUACGGGGACUGGUACCCUCCCUACCAGUUCGUCUUUUUCUAUUACGGCGGCAAACUCGCUUUCCAGCGUCACUCCUCACUCGGGGUUGCAUGGUACCACUACGAGGGUGCGCCAGACUCGUUUCCGGUGGCUGCGUGGUGUCACGUGGCAGUGAGCUGGGACCAGUCACGUGGGACAGUGAAGCUGUUUGUCGACGCAGUGCUGGUGGGGAGUUCUGUAUUUGACAUCAACAUGACAUGGCACCCGCCGUCAGGCCAUGAGUACAUGAUAGGUGACGAUGGGAGGAUUGGAAGCAAUAAUCAGUUCUUUGGCUCCAUGAUGGACUUGUAUAUUAUUGCUGGCGCUCUUCACCAACAUGAUGUUGAGAAACUGCGAGGAGACUGAGAGAUAGAAUCGGAUGCAUAUAGGGGCUGCAAAACUAUUACGCAUUCAUUUUGCGCAGAGGUUUGGGGAACACCCCUUUAUAUGCUUGCUAUACACUUUUGGAUGCGACUACAGACAAAGAACCUAAAUUUGUACAUUCCCAUUUUGCAAUAUGGUGGCGUCAUACUCCUACGUGAUUGAUAAGUGCAAUUGAGCGAAUGCGAGGCUAUAGCAGGUAGCUAUCUUGUAUUUUUGCUCGUUUUACUAAAAAGCAGGUUUUUAACAUCAUGGGCCUAGUUUCUUGAAAGUAGGUAAGCGCAAACCCAGGGAAAAGUAUGGCUAUUGGGACAUUUGAUUGGAUUAUAACGUCAUUGAACCCUGAAUAAGCAUUAACCUGCAUUCUAGGAAAUGGACCCUAAAUAAAAGGGCUUGAUGCGGCAACAGGGAACAAUAAAUAAUAAUAAAUAAUAAUAAUAGCCGCGCUUUCACACUCAAAUUCAGCGACACAUUAAACUUGGAACUCUCUACGCGCAAAAGGGAAUACACACCGAUGUAGGAGAGUACAUGCUUGUAAAUGCUUGCUUUAAAUACUUUAAAUACUUAAAAGUCAUUUUUAAGUUAUUUAAAUAAGUGCAGGGGUUACAAACCAUUGUUUAAUUUAUUUAGGCUCCUUUCAAUGGAUUCUAUACAUUGUUUGUAACAAAAUCCCAAUUAAAUACCCCUGUACACCUAAGUUAUAGCAUAAAGUUAUUUUUUUACUAUCAA